CCAUCUUCUAGAGACGUUUUAUUUGAAUUUUAAGAGCAGCGAAAACCAGAAGCAAGCGCAUAUUUUAAGAAAAUUGUUAAUUUACGAGUUAUUUUUGGGGGGGUGGGAACUAAAGCUCUUAUUCAGACGACGCGAAACAGUCAUGGGUCCAGUUGAGCUCCUCCACAUGUCCGUGUUCUCGCAGAGCUUCUCACCCUGUGGCCGCUUCCUGGCUGCCAGCAACAACUAUGGCGAGAUUGCAGUGUUCAGUCUCUCAUCCUCCCUCAGCCCAGAGGCGACAGGAAUCAACCAGAAGCCCAUCCUGACCUUCACAGCUCACGAAGGUCCCAUAUUUGCACUCCUUUCAACGGACGCACAUCUCCUUAGUGCCGGGAACGGAGAGAUCAGUGCCUGGAGCUGGGCGGAGCUGGCCAAGCGAAACCCCAAAGCUGUCUGGAUUAGAAGACCACAAUACAAGUCAAGUCUUGAGAUUCCAGAGAUCAACGACAUGAUCGUCAAUUGCAGAGAUAACAGUCUGGCGGUUGGUGGGGGAGACAACAAUAUUCACAUCAUGGAUCUGGAGACGGGAGUAUUCAAGUCGGUGCUGCAAGGCCACACAGACUACAUCCACUGCCUGAGUAUGAGAGAGAGAGAGGGGGAACUUCUCUCUGGAGGGGAAGACGGAGCUGUCAGGAUAUGGGACUGCAGGACGGGCCAGUCGGUGCACCGCCUAGAGGUCUACAAGUACGAGGAAUGCGCGCGCCCACAGUACGGCAAGUGGAUCAGCUGCCUGACGACCGAUUCGGAUUGGAUGCUGUGCGGAGGCGGCCCCUCGCUCUCUCUGUGGCACCUGCGCUCCCUCUCCCCGACAUCCAUCUUCCCCCUCUCAGGCUGUCAGCGGCAGGCCAUGUUCUACCAGGACCUGAUCCUGUCUGUUGGCGAGGGCCACUUUCUGUCGCACUGUCUCCUGGGGGGGGACGUGAAGUCCCUGAUUCCCUGUAGUCCCCCAUCCCUCAACACGGUGGCCCUCAACACCAACAGCACGGAGCACAGGGUGCUGACGGUGGGGGGGAGCAGCGAUCAGAUCGAUGUUUUCACCAACCUUUCGUAUAAAGCCUUCUCCCUGUCCUUCUGAGGAGCCUCCGACGGACCCCGCCCCGCGUGCGCAGCUCUGCCUCUGUGUCACUGAACUUGCCCAAUAAACGUUUGCUGAGCAUCUCUGUACGACCAGGUCUCCUUCGUCCUGCUGUGUGCGUUUGCACUCCUCGUUUUUGGACCGUUGGUGUGGAGGGCCUUCGCCAACAGUACAUUUGUGCUUAGACGUGUCCAUGCACAGCUCUAGAAAAGUCGUUUUAUGGCCUUUUCGGAGCAUUAUAGACACAGACUUGAGCCCCGCGGUUUGUUUGUUCCUUCCUUCCUUUUCGUUUAUUAAUAUAUUUAA